UCUUUAGUUUGUCAGAGACGUUUCGAGCGGGGCACGUUGUGAUCGUUGACUCGCUGACGUCAUCCGAAACGUUUAUUAAACUGAGGACGUUAACGUAACGCUAGCUAGCGCAAGUGCUAACUUUUUUUUUGUUGGUAUUUUGUCUCGUUGUCUCGCAGGGAUCAUGUUGUAGACAUGUUAACCCUAUAACGUUAACGUUACGCUUCUCCUUUCCAUGUCAUCCAAAAUAACGUCCGUGAUAACGUUAACUAACAUCAAUUAAUUACGGCUAAUAAGCGAUGCUAAGCGUUGCUAAGCGUUAAGGGUACUGAUGCAUCAGCGUCAUAUUAACCGGAUGUAACGUUGGUGAUUAAAGUUAACUGUAUGUCUUUGUAUUGUUUUUAUAACUUAACACAGUAUCGUUGCUGAGUGACAAUACUUUGACGACAUGUUAUGUUCUUACUCAGUUGUACUGUAGAAAUAAUAAAUGCCUAAUAUGGUCUCUAUUAUAUAAAUCGUAUCUAAUAAUAGAUCCUUUCUAUUAAAUACACGUAUCCUAUAACGGCCCUGUAAAGUCCGAGAAGUAUAACGUUAAAGCGACUUCUAAGAACAAGAAGUGUCAUUUAUGUUAUUUAGAUGUAAUCCUCGUCAUAUAAUUAAUGUUGCCGGGGCAACAUUACAGUCUGUGAGUACUCUAAUCCGUAUUUCUUGUAGUUGUAGCUGAGCCUGUCCGAGCCGAGGAGAUUUUGAGUAACUCUCAGCAGGAGGAGAGGAGAUGAGCACCAAGAGGAAGGCGGACAGUCACUCAAGGGCAGCAAACCGACCUCGCCUCAUGAAGUCUGGAGGAACGCGGGAGGAAUCAGAGAGAGACUCCGGAUUCUCAGAUGCGAGCUCGGAGCACAUGAGCACGAUGGACAACACUGACUCUGAGGAUUCAUCCCGGCCCGUCACACGCAAGGGGCCGCAGACGGCCCGAUCCUCUCAGCUGGCUGUGGUGGGAGGCUCCAUCUCCAACCUCUCCCCCAUGAUCAUCAUGAACAACGUCGUCCUCAAGCAGCCUCGAGAUAAUUCUCCUGCUCUGAAGCCCUGGAGGUUCAGCCCCACGGUGGAGGUGGUUCAGCCGGUGGUCACGCAGCCCCAGGUGGUCUUUCUUCAGCCUGUGGUCUCUCGUCAAGCUUCUCCUGCCUGCAAAGAGUCCUCCUCUAGACACAGACGGCCUAAGAAGUAUCUUCCAAUCCUGAAAUCCUACCCCAAGAUCGCUCCACACCCAGGAGACAGCUCCAGUUCCUCGGGAAGAGGAACUGCUUCCUCCUCCUCCUCCACCUCGUCUUCUUUCCACUCCUCCUCCUCCUCCUCUUCUUCUGGGUCAGAGCGUGGAAGCAGUUUGACCUCGAACUGCCAGAGGGAGAAGCAGAAGAGGAAUCUGAGUGGUGGUGCCGGUAACUCUAGCUCCACCAGUCCCAGUGUGCCGGCUCCACCCAGCACCGCCUCUCUUCUGCUCCAGAGACGACUUUCUCUCCCCACAACAGAAACCGGUGCCAGCGUUGGUCCCGCCAGUGAGAGGUCUUCACCUGUCCUCAGCCAGGCAGAGAUUUCCGUGUCCCUUACUCAGGCCGCUGACUCCGUCCCCCGGGCGGCCCCCGAGGAGGUCCGCUCAGCGGGGGAAUGUAAGCACGGGGACGGCGGCGUGGAGACAAAGAGGAAGCGCUUCUGCAACACCUACAACAUCCUGAACCAGUCUGGCCUGCUCGACAUCGCGCUGCGCACCAAGGAGCUGCACAGGCAGAACCGGCGCAGCCAGAGCGACCUGAACCGGCUGAAGGAACACACGGACCUGUUCCUCCAGGCGCUGUGCAGCGGGGACACCGGCAUCUGGGUCAAGCUGCAGGCCGCCGUGCAGGAGGAAGACCGAGAGGACGGGAGGGAGAGAGCCGCUCAAACCAACUUAAAGGCAGAUUAGACCUCGACUACUGCAGCAAUCCUUUAGAUUGGGGAAGGACGCCGUGGUUUGAGGGGGGGGGGGGGG